AUUAACAAUAAAAUGUAUAUUCGUCAAAAGACAAUGUUGCUAUUGAUUUUCCUAAUGAAUUACGCCAUUGGCGUUAAUUCUGCGACGAACUCAACUGAUUCCCCAACACCGGUCGUCCUGUGGCACGGAAUGGGCGACAGUUGCUGUUUCUCCUUCAGUCUUGGACAGAUAAAAAUCAUACUCGAAGAACAAAUACCCAAUGUUUACGUCAAGUCGAUACGCAUCGGGAACAAUGAGAUGGAAGACGUUGAGAACAGCUACUUGAAAAAUGUGAACGAACAAGUCGAGCAAGUUUGCAACGACCUUUCGAAUGACCCCAAACUGAGCAACGGUUUCAACGCAAUUGGAUUUUCCCAAGGAGGACAAUUCUUGCGAGCAGUGGCGCAACGUUGUCCCAAUCCACCGAUGAGAAAAUUGAUAUCUUUGGGCGGUCAACAUCAAGGCGUUUACGGGCUGCCCAACUGCGCAGUUUUGGAACACAAACUGUGCGACUAUAUGAGGAGGCUCCUCAAUCACGCGGCCUACACCAAGUUCGUACAAAACAGAUUGGUUCAGGCUAGUUACUGGCACGAUCCGUUGAAGGAGGAUCUCUACAAAAAGAAUUCCGUCUUUUUGGCCGAUAUAAACAACGAGCUUGUGGUCAACGAAACGUACAAAGAAAAUUUGAUGAAACUGGAUCGUCUCGUGCUGGUGAAAUUCGACAGAGACACGAUGGUUCAACCUCGAGAGAGCGAAUGGUUCGGAUUUUAUAAAAACGGCCAAGCCGUCGAGCUUGAAAGCCUCGAAGAAUCUGCCCUCUACAAGGAAGAUCGCCUCGGCCUGCGGCAGAUGAACGAAGCUGGGAAAAUCGUCUUCCUCUCCCUCGAUACGAACCAUCUCCAGUUUACCGACGACUGGUUCGUCGACCAAAUUAUUAAAAAGCAUUUGACAUAAACGUCAAGUUGGCUGUAUCAUCCACUAUUGUCGAUAAUAAACGCUCUCUAUUUCAUUCCCAA